AUGAUUCAAGUUAAACGAUAUCUCAAUAAUAGUGAACUUCCUCAUGAAGAAACGAAGAAAUUAAGAACAAAAUAUAAUGACAGAAAAAUAACUAAUUGUUUGGAAAAUUUAUCAAAUGAACUUUUCUAUGAAAUUUUCGAUUAUCUUGAUGGUUGUGACUUAUUUAAAGCAUUUUCAAAUCUUAAUAUUCGUUUUGAAGCUCUACUUACUUCUUUAUUUCUUUUAUUGAAAAUUGAUCUUCGUUUUCAUCCAGAAGUUAUCCGACGAUAUCGUUCUACUUGCAUUGUCGUUCCGAACAAACAUCGAAUUAUUUCAUUGAGUUUGACCAAUUUUUAUCUUUAUAAUUCAACUUUUACACGAUUUAACAUCGAUUCAUCAUUUAGUCGACUCGAAUCACUUGUCUUAGACAAUAUGAAAUCAAAUGAACUCAUACCUCUUCUUAUAAAUUUAAUCUCUUUACCUCGUCUAUUUUCAUUGACUAUCUAUUAUGAUGAUGAUCUCAAAGACCUUAGCAAUAUAUAUCAAAUCAUUUUCAACUUACCAAUGUUAAACUAUUAUAAAUUGUCAUUUUCCUCACUUGAAUCGUUUAUUCCUAUAUCAAGAGCAACAAACGAUCAAUUUAGUAGUAUUAAAUAUCUCGUUAUUGAUCAUUGUUGUACUCUGGAUGAAUUAAUUAAUAUAAUUUCAUAUACACCUCAACUUUGUCGUUUAACUUGUGAAGAAGUGAAUGAAUCAACGAAAAACAUUGUAAAAGACACACUUAAUACAAUAUUCAGUUUAACUCAUAUUUUCAUUGCUAAGUGUUAUGCUCAGUUUGAUGAACUAGAAACAUUUCUCACCAAUGUAUCACCUCAAUUAGAAGUAUUAUGUAUCAAUACUUUCAAAGAUGUGAACUAUUUGGAUGCUAAUCGAUGGGAACAAAUUAUCUCACAAUAUUUACUUUAUUUAAAUACAUUUGAAUUUCAAUACGAAGAAUUUAUUGAUGAAGAUUUCAAAGCAAGUGUUUAUCAUGAAUUAAUUAAUCAUUUCAAUUCUUCAUUCUGGAUAGAACGAAAAUGGUUCUUUACAAUUUCUAUUAAGACAGAUUCUUGGGAUGAUAAUAUUAUUGCCUAUUCCAUUGUUUCAUACAGACAAACUCGAGACAACUUUGAGAAAGAGAAGAAAAACAAUCACCAAUUCAUUGGUGAAAUCUAUGAAAAUGUGAUACAACAUAAUGUUAUAUCUAAUAAACAUGUUUCUAUUAUACUAAAUGUUACCGAUCUCUCUCACACUGAUAGUGAUGAAUUGUUUAUUGAUAUGAUUAGUCCAAUUUUAGCUAUGAUACCAAUUACUUGUUUAAAUAUUACUCUAAAUGAGAUUUUCAUUGGUACAUUAAUUGAUCUGAUGAAAUGUUUAUCUAAUCUCGAUUCAUUAUUUAUAUCAACUUUAUCAAUGAUACAACCAAGAUGUUUAUCUAUUGAAGAAAUAAAAAUUUUUCGUUUGUUAUCAAAUACGAAUAAAAUUACUAAAGUUAAUCUUGAGAAAAUGAAUGAUUUGGAAGAAGUUCAAUUUCUUGUUGAUCUUUGUCCUCGAAUGAAAUAUUUCGAGAUAGAUUGUACAAAUGGUAUCUGUCCUGAAAAAGUUCUACGAUUUAUUUUAAUGAAAAAUUCCAAAUAUAUUCGUAAUCUAUGUGUACUAUGUCUUAAAAUUUCACCAAUGAAUAUGAACAUCAUUGACAAACUAAAAAAUAUAAUUGACAUUGAACAAUUGUGUCAGACAUAUACAAUCGAACAAAUAGACAGUAGAAUUUAUUUCCGAUUGAACUUGUGA